AUGCACCUCUCAGGAAGAGCAGCCACACCGGAGGGAUGGGUCCGCACGGAGCAGACCGGGAUCCGUCUCAGUCCAGCUGUCUCUAGGCCCGUCACCUGCGGGAGUGAGCCAUGCGCGUGCACAGACCUCAGCUCCGCAGGUGAAACACGCACGGGCAUACACGCACACACGCACACAGAGGCAUCGGGAGGAGAGCGCCUGGGCAGGAGGUCAGGGCGGGAUGAGGGCCGGACCAGCAGCUCCCCCUCCGUGUGUCCUGCCGCUCCUCGCCGCCCUGUGCCGCGGUGCGCAGCGGUGGCACAGCUCUACACAGACCGGAGCGGACUGGAGCGGAGAGCGUGUGUGCGACAGAGCUCCCACUCCCCUCUCCUCACCACAGGGGGUCUGCAGAGGCGAUUGCAGCGCCCUCUACAGCUGUGUUUUGGCAAACCUAUGCUGCAUAUGUGUUAA